AUGGCUUCCCCAUGCUGCCCUCGGUUCUCCCCGCUGCCCGCAGGGCCAGCCGAGUGGGGUCUGCCUUCACGGCUCCCUACCUCGUUCAGCGUGAGGGGGCUGGUCUUGAAAUGCAACGUGGAGCAAGAGAGGGAGACAGGAAAUGGACGCAGUGGUGUCUCUUUCAAAGGAGCUCAUAACCAGUGGGUUCAGGACACGCUCACGGAGAUCUCGGUGUGGCUGGAGAAGCACCCCCGGGAGGUGGUCCCCCUAGCCUGCAGGAACUUUCAGGGCCUGAGCACGGACCUGCACAAGUACCUGGUCACUUGCAUCCAGAACAUCUUUGGGGACAUGCUGUGCCCACGGGGGAAAAUCUGUCCCUUCCCGGAGGUGCCAACGCUGCACCUGCUGUGGGCCCGGAGCCAGAAGGUGAUCAUCUUCUACGAGGUCGAAGACACCGUGAGCCAGCACAGGGAGCUGUCACCGGGGGUCUGCUACUGGUGGGGCAACAAAGUGAAGGUGCAGGAGCUGAUCCGCUACCUGGAGGGCAUGAAGAGCUGCAGCCGCCCAGGCGGGUUGUUUGUGGCUGGCAUUAACCUUACGGAGAACCUGGAAUACAUCCUGGUGCAUCCGUGUGAGUCCCUGCAGAAGAUGACGGUGCCCGAAGUGCCGUACCUGAGCACCUGGGUCCGAGCGCAGUGCCCGGGGCCAGGCUCACGGUGCACCAACGUCAUCGCGGGUGACUUCAUCGGCACGGACAGUUUCGUCAGUGACGUCAUCAGACUCAACGAGAAGCUGCUUUGGUGCUGA